UAAAAGAGGAGACGGGAUCACAUUGUGUGUUUUGCAGAAAGACUAAUGGGUGAUGCCGUCAGCCACUAUCCCAGCCAAGAUAUGCUCCUCACAAGCUGCUGGCAGAUGUCUGAGCAGCAGGUCAAGCCUGAGUUGGUGCAGAGGUUCGAGAUUCCACAGGUGUUGGCUCAUGAACUGGGCUGUCCUUGUCCAGAGCUGGGGCAGGGCUGGCGAUGGGAAGUAUAAAACCUGAGACUGGGUCGACAAUGUGCUAACAAGGUUGAACAGCCGUGAAGUGCAGUAAACCACAGACAGGCCCUGUUCGAGUAUCAUCUCCCUUCAGAGAACCAGAGGAAACACAGUCGCUGCCGCUGCCACCAUGAGCCGCAGCCCGGAGAGGAUCUCGUCCUACCGCCGUCACUUUGAGGACAGCAGCAUCUCGUCCUACCAGGUCAGGGUGUCCAGCCCAUCCCCCACCAGGAGAGACGCCCGUCAUGCCUCCACCGGCUACUCCUGCAGAGCCGGGGUCGGCGGCAUGCGUGGGGAGUCAGCGGGACGGAGGACCGUCUCGACCGCACGCAGGACUCGCAUGGCUGGAGCAGGAGUGAGUGCAGGAGCCAUGGUCUGUGUCGGGCCAAGUGGAGAAGCUCCUAUAGAUCUGGAUGUGGCUUCAGCUGAAAACCAAGAAUUCCUCAGCACCCGCACAACUGAGAGGCAGGAGAUGGUCGUCCUCAAUGACAGACUGGCUGUGUACAUUGACAAGGUUCGAUCACUCGAGCAGCAGAACAAGCUACUGGAAGCAGAGAUCGAGGCCUACCAGAACCGCUUCGUGAAGCCAUCAGGUCUGCGCCUCUUAUAUGAGGAGCAGCUGAGGGAGCUGAAGAAGAUCGCUGACCAGAUGAGAGUUCAGCGGGACAUCUCCUUGGCGGCUAAGGAGUCCACAGCUGUUCAACUGGCGGCAAUCAAAAUCAAAUAUGAGGAGGCGGUGGAGCUGAGGAGGAAAGCGGAGUUAGAAAUUGAAGCCUUCCGUCCAGAUGUUGACAAAGCCACCUCCUCGCGCAUCGCCCUGGAGAAGAAGCUGGAGCAGGUGGAAGUCGAAAUUGAAUUCCUGAAACGGGUCCAUCAACAGGAAAUCGAAGAGCUCAUGAAGCAGAUCUACGCAGCUCACGCGUCGGCUGAGAGUGCGUUCGACCUGCCUGACCUGGCAGCUGCUUUGAAGCAAAUCCAAAACCAGUAUGACGACAUCGCAGCCAAAAAUCUCCAGGAGAUGGAUUCAUGGUAUAAAAACAAGUUUGAAAAUCUGACCAGUAAGACGUCACGCCACGUAGACAGAAUCCGGAGCGUUAGAGAUGAAAUAGCAGGAGCCAAGAAGGACAUCCAAAACAAAGACCGUGACUUGGAUACCAUGAAGAGCAGGAAUGAAGCUCUAGAGGCCCAGAUCCGAGAGAGACAAGAAAAGUACAAGAAGGAACUGGAAGACCUGCAGGCUCGGAUUGAGGCCCUGCAGCUUGAGCUGAAAUCCAUCAAGGAGAAAAUUACGCUGCACCUGCGCGAGUACCAGGACCUCCUGAAUGUCAAGAUGGCUCUGGAGAUUGAGAUUACAACAUACAGAAAACUUAUUGAAGGAGAGGAUCUGCGGCUCUCUGGCAUGUUUCAAACCCUGUCUCUUACCACCUGUAGCGUGAGCGCCAUUGGUGGUGGGAUGAGCUCCAGUGGAGGAGGCAUGGGUGGCGCUGGUGGAAUGGGUGGUGGGAUGAUGGGAGGUAGUGGUGGAAUGGGUGGCGGGAUGAUGGGAGGUAUUGGUGGAGGUGUUGGAGGCAUGGGGAGUGGAGUAGGAAUGGGUGGAGGUGCAGGAGGCAUGGGCACAGGUCCAGGCAGUGGAGCUGGAGGAAUGGGCGGAAGAAUGGCUGCUGGAGGUCCGGAUGACAAGAUGGGUCCUGCUGGUAGGGCAGGAGGGGCAGACAUGGGUGGCGGCCAUGGAUUGGGAGGGGGUGUCGGUGUAGGAGCUGGUGCAGGGGGUGUGGGUACUGGUGGAGGCAGGGGAGGAGUGGGUGCUGGAGGAAUGGGUGCUGGAGGAAUGGGUGGUGUCGGCGGAUUGGGCACUGGUGCUGGAGGUGUGGGCGCCGGGACUGGAGGUGUGGGCACUGGUGCUGGAGGUUUUGGCUCUGGGGCUGGCGGUGUGGGCGCUGGGGCUGGAGGUGUGGGCUCUGGUGCUGGAGGUGUGGGCUAUGGGGCUGGAGGUUUGAGCACUGGUGCUGGAGGUUUGGGCUCUGGGGCUGGAGGUUUGGGCUCUGGGGCUGGAGGUUUGGGCUCUGGGGCUGGAGGUGUGGGCGCUGGUGCUGGAGGUUUGGGCACUGGUGCUGGAGGUUUGAGCACUGGGGCUGGAGGUGUGGGCGCUGGUGCUGGAGGUUUUGGCUCUGGAGCUGGAGGUGUGGGCGCUGGUGCUGGAGGUUUGGCCUCUGGUGCUGGAGUUGUGGGCGCUGGUGUUGGAGGUUUGGGUUCUGGUGCUGGAGGUGUAGGCAUUGGCGUGCGGUCUAGUGGAGGGCAUGGCGGUGUUAGUGGAGGCAUAAAUGGUGAUGGAGGUAAAGAUCGUGGAAUAGGAGGCAGUAGAGGAACUGACGGUGUGGGUGGAGAUGAUGUAGGUGUUGCACUGUCAGGCGUUGGUGGAAUGGGGAGAAUCGGCGGAGGAAUGGGUGUCACCAGUGGUGCCGGGAUGGGAUACGGAUCAGAUGGAUAUGACGUCAUCAAUGAGCCCUACGCAGAGCAGGCUGUGGAGCUGACGGAGAGGAGGACGGUGCUCAUUAGAACUGUUAAAAACGAGGACGACGUGCUGGAGAUGGACCACCAGGAACAAACCUACAUCAUCUCCGGUGCAGCCGACGACUCCGACGAGGAAUGAGCAGCAUGAAUUCCCAAGUGACCUCCCCUCGCCCCUUAAACCUCCACGCCCCUCUGAGCUUUGCACUGACCAAAGCCCAUGUCUGGGCACUGACCUUUGCCCUUUAACCCGGACUAGAAGACCAUGACUGACCCUUUGCUACAGAGUGAAACCUUCACCACAUAGAUAUGCCUCACUAGUAACACCCAACAUGAUCUCUAAACUUUUGUGUGCCUUACACUCCCCCUUUUUUUCUACUUGCCGCAAAUAAAGCUAUCAGCAUUCAA